CAUUUCAGAUAUUAAAAGGUUCAAGACGGAGAUGUCUGACAUAGGCCUGGACGACGAGUUUAACAUGGAUGAUGAGGAGUAUGAUUUGGAGUACAGUGAAGACAGCAAUUCUGAACCAGAUGUGGACUUGGAGAACCAGUACUACAACAGCAAAGCUCUGAAAGAGGAAGACCCUAAGGGAGCUUUGAAAGCCUUCUCUCGGGUUCUAGAACUUGAAGAGGCUAAUGGAGAGAAGGGAGACUGGGGAUUCAAGGCUCUGAAACAGAUGAUCAAAAUUCACUUCCGACUUGGGAAUUAUGAAGAGAUGAUGGAAAGGUACAAGCAGCUACUCACCUACAUCAAGAAUGCAGUGACUCGGAACUACAGUGAGAAAUCCAUCAACUCUAUCCUUGACUAUAUCUCCACCUCAAAGAAUAUGGAGUUGUUGCAGAACUUCUAUGAAACAACAUUGGAGGCGUUGAAGGAUGCCAAAAAUGACCGACUCUGGUUCAAGACCAACACAAAACUUGGGAAGCUCUACUUCGACAGGGAGGAAUUUGGGAAGCUUGCAAAAAUUCUCAAGCAGCUUCAUCAGUCCUGCUUGACAGAUGAUGGAGAAGAUGAUCUGAAGAAAGGAACACAGCUGCUGGAAAUCUAUGCCUUGGAGAUCCAGAUGUGCACAGCACAGAAGAACAACAAGCGUCUCAAAAGCCUUUAUGAACAAAGCCUUCACAUCAAGUCUGCCAUCCCACAUCCCCUCAUUAUGGGGGUCAUUCGAGAGUGUGGUGGAAAGAUGCAUCUGAGAGAAGGGGAGUUUGAGAAGGCACAUACAGACUUCUUUGAAGCCUUUAAGAAUUAUGAUGAGUCAGGUAGUCCUCGGCGUACUACUUGUCUUAAAUACCUCGUCCUGGCUAACAUGCUGAUGAAAUCAGGCAUCAAUCCAUUUGAUUCUCAGGAGGCAAAGCCAUAUAAGAAUGAUCCUGAGAUCCUUGCCAUGACAAACCUUGUCUCUGCUUAUCAAAACAAUGACAUAGCUGACUUUGAGAAGAUAUUAAAGAACAACAGAAGAACCAUCAUGGAUGAUCCUUUCAUCAGGGAACAUAUAGAAGAUCUGCUGCGUAAUGUGAGGACACAGGUGUUGAUGAAGCUAAUCAAGCCAUACACACGCAUCCACAUCCUGUUCAUCUCGCAGCAGUUGAACAUCGACGCAGGAGAUGUGGAGAGCCUCCUUGUGUCAUGCAUCCUAGACAAUUCCAUCUCUGGUCGUAUUGAUCAGGUGAACCAGGUCUUGCAGCUGGACUCACAAAAGCAGAGCAAUGCCCGAUACUCUGCUCUGGACAAGUGGAGUGAUCAUGUGAAAGAGCUGAGAUGUGGGAAAAUGUUCUACAGGACAUUCUACAUGGACCCCAUCCAUGAUGUUCUUUACGUCGGAGCAAUGGAUCACAUUUUCCGACUUCCCCUGAAGAACAUCAGCCUAGCCAUGUGUGAGGGAGAGGGGGAUGUUCUGGUCUUGGAGCCGUCCAAUGUUCCCAACUGCAUUUCCAAAGGGAAAUCAGAAGAGUAUGAAUGCCACAAUCAUGUGAGGGUGAUUCAACCCAUGGGCAAUGGUGAUCGUCUAUACAUAUGUGGAACAAAUGCUCAUCAGCCAAAGGAUCUCGUCAUAUAUAGCAAUCUGACACAUCUUGCAAGACAAGAAUAUGUUCCUGGUGUGGGGGAUGGGAUAGCCAAGUGUCCCUUUGACCCAAAUGACAACAGUACUGCUGUGUGGGUAGAAGAAGGGAAUCCUGGUGGACUACCAGGCCUCUACUCGGGCACUGUUGCAGAAUUCACUAAGGCUGACACAGUGAUCUUCCGCAUGGACCUCUAUGAUCACCGUACCCGCAACCGCAAAUACAUGUUCCAACGAACCAUCAAAUAUGAUUCCAAAUGGCUCGACAAGCCUAAUUUUGUUGGGUCCUAUGACAUGGGAGACUACGUGUAUUUCUUCUUCCGGGAAACUGCGGUAGAAUACAUGAACUGUGGGAAGGCAGUAUAUUCCCGUGUGGCCCGUGUGUGCAAGAGUGAUACUGGUGGAAAGAACACUCUGAGGAAGAACUGGGUCACAUUCCUAAAAGCUCGCCUCAACUGCUCCAUACCUGGGGAGUUCCCCUUCUACUUCAAUGAGAUUCAGGGAAUAUACAAGGUUCCAGGUGACAACAGUCGUUUCUAUGCUGCAUUCACAACAUCCAUGAAUGGAUUGGCGGGUUCAGCCAUUUGCACAUUCACACUGCGAGCAAUGGAGGAAGCUUUCCAGGGGAAGUUCAAGGAACAGGCAACAUCCAGCUCAGCCUGGCUUCCAGUGCUCAGCACAGAAGUCCCUGAACCCAGACCAGGAACCUGCAUUGAAGAUACUCAGAAGCUCCCUGACUCUGUGCUGAACUUUGUUCGCACCCAUCCAUUGAUGGAUGAAGCAGUGAAUCAUGAGGAUGGGAAGCCAGUUUUCUACAAGCGAGACACAGUGUUCACACACAUUGUGGUGGACAAGGUUCGCCAUGGUUACCCUGGUGAUCAGGAAUACACAGUCUACUUUGCUGCAACAAACAAGGGAGAAGUGUACAAGAUUGUGCAAUGGUACAAUGGGAAGGAGAGCCAGACUGAGCUCCUUGAUGUCUUCCAUGUUACUGAUCCUGAACCCAUUCGUGUCAUGGAGAUCUCCAGCAAGCACAAGUCCCUGUAUGUUGCCUCUGACUCAAUGGUGAAGCAAGUGGACCUGGUGAUGUGCACUCAGAGGUAUGACAACUGUCUACGAUGCAUCAAGGAUCCUUACUGUGGGUGGGAGAGGGAAGCUGGAAUCUGUCGUCCCUACUACCAUGGGUUGUUGCAAGAUGUGUCACAAAGCAAUCCAGGGAUGUGUGACAACAACAUUUCCAAGAAGCGGCUGACAGCCCACUGGGGUCAGAGCGUCCACCUAGCCUGUGACAUCAACCUUCCAGAUCCACUUCAUUCAGCCCAGACCUCUUUGACCUGGUACCACCACAGCCGGGAGAAAGGACGAUACCCCAUUGAACUCAGGCCAGGAAAGUACAUCCAGACGUCAGAUCAAGGACUGGUGAUAGUGGGAGUUACAGAAGCAGAUGCCGGUCGCUAUGACUGCCUUCUGGGAGACAGUCCUCUAUGCAGCUACAAUAUCACAGUUGACUCCCACCGCUGUGCCCCACCUGGCAAGGCUCAAGACUACCAGAAGGUUUAUUCUGAUUGGUGCCACCAGUUUGAGAAGUACAAGCUUGCCAUGGAGACAUGGAAACGGAAGCAGGCUCAAUGUGGAAUGCAGAAGAAUGGGAGCAUGAACCAGUUGACUGGACACCCAAAUGAAAUUUUCCAACGAAGCCCCAUUGCAUGAAGGACUAGCUGUUCCUUCCAUUUCCCUCUCGCUUCUGUGAUGAUGAGUGGGCAGCUACUUUAAGAAAACUCCAUCGAUCUCUGCCCUCCCUGUCUUCAUCCUGUGUACAAAGUAGGCAUGGACCAAUGCUGGAAUCUUGCCUCGGACUCUUCAGUGUGUCUCCCAGUGAGAAAGCCCAAGUUUUUGCGAGAUCUGAUCUCGGCAUGGUGGAACUUCCCCUCGGCCGUGUUCACUAAGCUUCUCUCCACCAAAGUCCAGAAUAGCCAAAGUCAUGUCACAGACAUUCCAUUCAGAGAAAGCAUGUCGAAUCUAGGACCUGGUAGAUCCUCUUUACCCAUCUCAGUUUUAGGUGUAGAUCAGCAGAUAUAAGAUAAGAAAUCUUUGUACCUGUAGAUGUUGGCUAUUGCUCAUGCAUCACAUCCAUGCUGUCUUCAUCUUCAAUGACCUAGGCCUCCUGUAAUUUUUUAUUAUUUCAAUGUACAAUGAGGUGUUGAAGUUUUUGUCACUCAUCUCUCUGAUUUUGCAUUUGUGCCAUGUCUUUCUGUUUUUCUUUGUUUCCCUUUCAAUGUUUUUUUGCA